AUGGGGGCGUUUGAUUUAUGGGAUACUACCGUAGUCAUUGUGGACUCUGGUGAAACAAACCUCCUUCGAGUUAUCAAUGCUGCACUCAACCAGGCACUUUUCUUUGCUGUGGCAAACCACAAGCUAACAGUUGUUGCAGCAGACGCUUCUUAUGUUCAACCCUUCACUACAUCAGUGCUUAUGCUAGGUCCUGGCCAGACUACUGAUGUCCUAAUCGAUGGUAAUCAACCACCAGGCAGAUACUACAUAGCUGUACGAGCUUACGCAAGUGCUCAAGGACCUUUUGACAACACCACUUCCACUUCCACAGCUAUUCUUGAAUACAAUGAUACUCCUUGUUCUGUUCAGGGCAUCAACAUCAAUCCAAUUUUUCCAUCUUUACCAGCAUUUAAUGACACUGCCACUGCCACAACCUUCUCAACUAGUUUCAGAAGCCCAAGACAAGUGGACGUGCCAACUGAAAUUGACGAAAAUUUGUUCUUCACUGUUGGACUAGGACUCAACAACUGCCCUAGAGGUUCAAGCUCCACGAGUUGUCAAGGUCCAAAUGGAACUCGAUUCACCGCCAGUAUGAACAAUAUGUCUUUUGUGCUACCACCCAAUUUUUCCAUUCUGCAAGCACAUCACCAAGGGAUACCUGGAGUUUUCUCAACUGAUUUCCCAGCAGUUCCACCUGUGAAAUUCGAUUACACUGGUAAUGUAAGUCGAUCACUCUGGCAACCUGUUCGAGGAACUAAAGUUUACAAGCUAAAAUAUGGGGCAAGAGUGCAAGUUGUUUUACAAGGAACAAGCAUCGUCACAGGUGAAAAUCACCCAAUCCAUCUUCAUGGAUAUGAUUUUUACAUUAUCGCGGAGGGCUUUGGGAACUUUAAUCCUCAAACUGAUACAGCUAAAUUCAACCUUGUUGAUCCACCUACCCGAAACACGGCAAGUGUACCUGUCAAUGGAUGGUCAGUUAUCAGAUUUGUUGCUAACAAUCCAGGAGUCUGGUUAAUGCAUUGUCACCUGGAUGUUCAUAUUACAUGGGGUUUGGCCAUGUCAUUCCUGGUGGAAAAUGGAGUUAGUGAAUUGGAAUCAUUAGAAGAGCCUCCGGUCGAUUUGCCUGUUUGUUGACAAACACAAUAUGCACAAUGAUUCAAUGAAACAUAACU